AUGUCAGCCAUCUCGUCCUUUCUGAAGCGAAAAGUCAAGGAUCGGCUGUCUCUGCUGGACGCCGCCUUGGAAGCAGACACGCUCUUGACGCGUCUGAAGGCGACACUCUCGCGGUUCUUUGAGGGCGGAGGACUUCCGACUUCUCUGCCUCCUGCUGCCCUCGCCUCUGACGCGUCUCGCCCUUCACCGGCGAACGCGGUCACCACGUCUGCGCCGAGUCCGCCCUCCGCCUCUCCCCGGGCCUCGGGGGACGGUGCUGCAAAAGGCAGGAGCGCGGAUGGAGACGCCGCUGCCCGCGCCGCGCCUGUUGCAGAGGCCCGCGACGCAGACGCGUCCAAGCCCUGCUCGUCGUGGAGUGGGCGGCGAAAGUCUUCUGCUGCGCCUCAGGCGCGCUCCGCCCCCGCGCUCGUCUCGCCUCUGCCGGCGGAGGCCCUCGAAAAGCUGCAGCAGCUCUUGCAGCAGCUGCUGCUUCUCUGCAGACAGCAGAAGGCGUCCGCGCUGCAGGCGGCGCAGAAGAAGAUCGCCUCCGCUUCGGCGGCCGCCGCUGACGGGCUCGCUUCGGGGCCCCCUCCAGCGAAGGCAGCAGACGACGCCACGCCCUCCGCAGCGACCCUGUGCAGCUCCCUCGUCACGCAUCCGUUGGGCCUUCGAGUUCUCUGCGGCGUCUUGCAUCUCGGGAAGGCGUACGCUGAGAAGACGGGCUCCUUUGCGCAUGCCGCUGCGGUUUCCACGAUUCUUCAGGACGCCUUGGAAAUCCUCGACCUCCUCUUCGCCGUCAAUGCGCCGCCGCCCCUGACCCGCGUUACGCGGCGCGGAGACUCUGCCAGAGGGGCGAGCGGUUUAUGUACACCCCAGAGGCCAGAGGCGGCGAACGAGAAGGGCGCUCACGUGAGAGGCUCCCAAGCGGGAGUGCUCAAGGAGUUCUUGGAUGCUUGCCGCUGCGGCGAUGAGGAAGGCCUCGAUGCGACGUCGUCAGACGAGGAGGGCGGCGACGGGGAUGGCGAUGGCGAGGAGGAGGAUGACGUCGACGGUCCCGGGCGAGGAACGCCCUCGCGUUCGCAGAACGACGGAAGUUCCGCGAAUCGAGGGAACCACGAUUUAUUGAAACGCUCCGAUGCUGCCGACGCGUGGGGUGGGGGCGUGUAUCUCCAGCUGAUGGAUGGCGUCAUGCAACACACCGAAUACGGCGACCUUAUUGUUUCGCUGCUCCUUCUUCCAGAGGUCUACAUCCAGCAUGACGUCCUUCUCGUCUUGCAGAAGCUUUACGGGUUCGCGGAGGAGGCGUGUCGCCGCGGCCGCGAGGCGCUCCGCGAGCAGGGCGAACAGGCGGAGAAAGCGAGGCAGUGGGAGCUCGCCACCCGCCAGCAGAGCUCCUCCGAACAGCCCACGUCUUCCUGGAUUCCGGUGCGCCGCGCCGCCAGCCGCGUGACUAGUAAGAGAGACGCGUGGAGAGGCGGCAGUGGCCGCGGCGAGGGUCAACGAUGCGCGAAGGAUGUUUCCGAGCUUGAGGCGCGCGGCGCCGCCGUCUGCCGCCUCCUCGAAGACGCACUUCUCAACCGCCCCGCCUGCAUCACGCGCCUCACCGCGUCGCUGCAGGAGGGGGCAGGCGCCACGGACUUUGUGCGCGAAGAGGCGCUGGAGGUGCUCAGACUCAUCACCGGGAGACGCCAAGAGAUGAAGGUGAUCGCCACCUUCCAAGGCGCCAUCGAGGCGCUUUUGUCGCUGCUCGCUUCGGAGCUCGGCCUUCCUCUGGGUAUCACGGAGACCUCAUUCGGCUCCGCGUCCUCCUCCGCGCCUGAAAGCAGGGGAGUCGAGGCGCUGCAGCCUCCGCCGCUGGCCACGACGCAACUCCUGCUGAGUGCACCGCGCGUGCGGUCGAGCCUGCGGUGUCUGUACAGCUUGACCAGCUGCGGGCCGGUGUGUAAACACAUUCGCGAGGCGAAUUUGCUGCGGCCGCUGGCGCUCCUGCUUCAGUUCCUUUUGCGGGCGAAGGAGGAUCAUGUCAAGCAGCUGGGUCGUCUGACCCGCCAGCAGGCCCUCCGCUCGGAGGAAAACGCGACAGAAAACUCGUUUCCAGGCAGCCCCCCGUGUGCCGGCCUCGAGCGCGGCGGCGCUCGCACGAAUGGAGCCGCGAAAACGCAGCUGCCGGGUGUACGUACACCGCCUGAACCAGCGCCCCCCUUCGAAAACGCGCCGGGCCUCGAGACCUCCUCCACGCCGCUCGACGAGGCUCUUUUCCUCGUUCUGGCGGUCUUCGGGAACUUCUUCCCCUACCGUAAGAAGCUCGGGCCGUCGCCCGCGUCGGGCGCCGUCGCCGCAGCGUCGCACGGCGCAUUCGCCUCGAGUGUCGGUUCACUGGCGGCGCGGCAGAAGCGAGAGCUUUCGCGCGUGUCGUGCGAGAAGGGGCGGCGAGGGAAGGCGCAGGCGCGGUGGUCUGAAGCCGACAUUCGAGCGAACCAGGCGGCGUUGCUGCGGAGCGGACUCCUCGACCUCUUGUGCCAGCACGUCGCGAAAGUGUGGAAUUCUCUGGCUUUCUUCUUUGACUCCCACUCGCAACGCCCGGCGGCCGCGCCGCUGGCCGCGCUUGUCCCGUCUCUGUUUCGCCUGUUCACACGCCAGCUGCAGCUGCUGCUGGCGCUCGUUGUCGAGGAGGCCGACGGAGGCUCGGCGGCGGCGCAGCGGGGCGGCGGCGGCGCGCAGGCUCGCGCCGCGGAGUCGUCGUCGCUCGCGCUGCAGGCACUGCUGCUUCCCUCCACGCCUCUGCAUCUCUUGCCUUACGAGGCGCGCGCGCGGCAGGACGCCUCGAGGGCUGAGGCCGCAGGGCCGCCGCCUUUCUACUGCCUCGCGUUCGCCGCGCUCCAGGCUGGCGCGCCGCCGGCGUUGCAUGCGCUGCUCCUGGAGGCCCUCGACGUGAUCAUCACUUCCUUCCCCGCUGUUCAGGCGCACAUCCUGGAGGGCUGCCUCGCGGCUCUCGGCGCCGCGUCCUCUGCGGCCGUUGCCUCGGGCUCCGCUCGCGAGGUCGCGACGCCCGCGCCCGCAGCCGACCUCGCGUGCGCGUUGCCGCGCAUUUUCGAGUUCAGCUCCGCUGCGCCCGACGAGGGCGGUGCGGCGCGCGGCCUCGAGAGCGCGCGAGGCGACGCAGGCGACGAGCCGCCGCCUCUGCAGAUUCUCCCCCCUGGCGUCGUGCUCGCCGCCGCCUUACAGUGGGCCUUCCGCCGCGCCGUACGCGCCGCGGAGACUGCGGCGGUGGUCGCGGCGCCAGCGCCACAGAGCGAAGAGAACGACCCCGAGGCGAAGAAGCGGCUUGCGUGGCGCUGGACGCAGGCGUGCACGGCGGUGUCUCUUCUCUCUCUUUCGCUCUUCCAGAAUCCCUCCCUGGCGCUGGUGGCAUGCUCGCGGCCGCUGCCGUCCGUGGCAGCCGGGCCUGGAGCGCAGGGAGAGGAGCCGCUUCUGCGGCAAGUUGUCGGAGGUCUCCUGCCUGCGCUGUCUCGCGCGCUGCGACAGCAGGAGCCCACCGCAAGCGUGUGUCCUGCUGAGAUGCGCGCGCUGCGCCUGUUUUCCGCACGCGUCAGCGUCCUGCUUCUCUCCCUGCUUCUCCCCAGGGUGUGCGGGGACGCCUGGGCGCUGGCCUCGCCUGCUGCGAAAGCUGCCUCGCACGCGCGCGCGUCGAGAGGCCGCGAGCCGCCGGGGAACCCCUCUCACGCGGCGUCUGCCGCUGCGGCCUCACGGCUUCAGCACCCCGAGGGCACCGUUGCGCUGGCGCUCGCCUGGCUGCUUUCGUCGGCGCUGGUGCUACCCUCUUUGCUCCUUCUGCUUCCCUUCUGUCCGUCGGCGCGAGCGGCUGGGACGCCUUCUGGCGUAGCUGAUGGCGAGGCGCUUCUGCGGGCGAGCGUGGCGCUGCUCCUUGAUCGCACGGCGAGUGCGCUGCAGGCCUUCGCCGAGACUGAGCGCGAGCUGACGCGCGAUAUUGCGAGAGGCCGACUGCGAGGGAGGGGGGAAGACGAGAGGAGCUUGGUGCCGGAAGGGGGGAGACAGGGGAGGGGCAUGGCUCGCGCGGAUGCAGCCCUCAAUCUGGUUGCGGAGGUGCGUCACGAGCUGCCGUCUCUCGAGGUGUACUUUUCUGAUUUAGAGGCCGGCAACGGGCAAGAAGUGUGGAGGGCGGCGGCGCCUACCUGCGGAGGUGGAGAGAGUAGCGGCGGCGACGAGACAGAGAAAGAAGGAGGCUCCGCCCAGCGCAAAGAUGGCAGACGCGAUAUGAAGCUUGGGAACAGAGGCGCUGUGUCGCAUCGCGCCGAUGAAACGCAGAGACUUCUCGUUCAGGUCGUCGGCGUCGAGUGCCUCGCGCUGCAUGCGCAGCGACUCCAAACUGACCCGGGCUUCCGCUUCGCGUCCACUUUGGUGCUGUUUCCUUCUCCGUUCGCUGCAACCGCGGUGGGGUCGCGCGGCUGGCGGCGGCAUCCCUCGAGCUCCGGUCUUUCAUCGUCUCCCGGGCUCAUCGGAGAGGUGGAUGUUGCGGCGCGAGUGCCCGCGUCGCUCUACGUGCAGGCCCUCGCAGAGGUUGGCCUUCGCCAAGGCGGCGAGGGCUCGCAAUCGAUCGCAGAGGAGAAAUGGUGUAACGGCGGCGGCGCGCAUCCUGCUGCGGCGUCGGCGUCGGCGUCGUGCGUCGUAGCAGCGCAGGACUCUCUAGAAAAGUCUCCGCUGCGGUGCGGCUCGGCGCCGUCGCUGGGCGCGGCGUCGCACCUCGCGCGCCUCUUGGCGGGCUUCCUGCUUCCGCGAGAGGUGGAGAUUCUGCGCCUCGCGGCGACUGGCUCAGGCGCGCGAGGCCUGCAGAUGCUACUCGCUGUCGCAGGGAAGCGUGCGUGCCGCGAGGGCGGAAGUUACAGAGGGAGCGAAGAGAAGCCCGACGGGGGGACGCGAGAUGAGUCGCAGCAGGUGGACUGCUUCACGCGCGAGGAUUUUGAAGACUUUCUUCUUUUCCAGGAGGAUUCGAUCGCGGAGCUUCGUCGGGAGAAUGCGAGGCUCGCCGCGCGCACAGCGCGGCUGCAAGAAGCGCUGGACCCCGAUAGAGAGGCGCUUCUUGCUCAACUCCAGAGGGAGACGAGUCUUCUGCAGCGAGAGUUUGAGCGCUUGCUGAUGCAGAAGAGCGCGCUGGGCGAGCAGCUGGCGGGGGAAAGGCGCCUGGCUGCGGCGCAGCUCGCCGAUACGCAGAAACAACUGGAAGCGGUUGUGCUGGCGUUUUCACAGUUGGAAGAAGAGCUUCAGACACGGGAGAGCGAGCUGCAGACGCUGCGGGCGGAACUCCACGCCGCGAAAAGCGCAAACGAUUGGAGAAGAGGAGGGAGAGCCGCGGAGGGCGAGGGAGAAGACGAGGCGGAUAAGGCCCUUAUGGAUAGGUUGAGCCGCGAGGCAGCGCUGGCGGCCAGGCGCGGCGAGCAGCUGCGCGACCUCCAAGAGAAGCACAACGAGCUUCUCGCGCUGUUAGAUCUGCUCGUUCACCGCGUUCCCGAGUGUCUGCAGUUCGUCUGCUCGCUGAGCGACCUCCCGUGCCGCUACAGCCGCGAGCUUCAGGCGCUCGCCUCGCAGGUGGAGACCGCUUCGCGCAGCGCGUGUCUCGAUUCCGCUGCCCCCCGUGCCUCGCUCGCUGGCGCCGCGUCUUCUUUGGGAUCCAAGGCAGAUGGGCUCCGCCCGGCAGAGGAGACGAGGCAGCAGGGCGAGCGCGCAACGUCCCGGGGCUUGUCGCCGGACUCGGCGGCCUGCGCGGCCUCUCUGUGUUCGCGCUCGCCUUUCCCGCUGCUGCCCGAAGAGGCAGGCAGCGACGGCGCGCUGGGGGUUGAGAACGACGCACGCCGAGUCCGGUGGACUAGCGACGAGGCGUUUUCUCCCUCGCGGGGCGGCGCAACCGCAAGCGGCUUCGACGAGUCGGACCUGUGCCACGGCGACGCGGGCGCAGCGUCGCCCUUCGAAGGAGCCGAAGAUGUGGCGGAGGCCGUCAGAGAGGACUCCUCGUACUCACGUCUCUCCUGCCAGUCCGGCGCGAGCUCCUCUUCGUUUCCACCGUCGCACCGCCACGGAGCCUUCUCGGAGUCCACGCCGCAGGAAACGUCUCCUCGCGACACGCCCACGCAGAUCCCGACGGCCUCUCUCUCCUCGUCUUCGCCUUCGCCGUCGUCGCCGUCUGCCUUCGCGCAGGCUGCGUUCUCGCCUCCCGCGGCCUGCGCCUUUCCUCUGUCGCAGCCCGCUGCGACAGCGCGAGAGAGGCGACAGAGCGGCGGCUCUGUCGCCUCUCUCGCGCUCGUCGGGCGCGUGCUGAGUUCGCAGCAGCGCAGUGCCGAAGGGCCUGCGUGCGAAAGGACGCUCAGCCUUUCAGCCGGUAGCGGGGCUUCUACAGCGGCUGCGGCAGCGCCGGCGGAGCCGCGCGUGGAAAGUGCGUCGAGUCACGAGGCGGCAGAGCGAGUGCGAGAGGAGGAGGAUCGUCUUCGCGCUCUGGCGGGCGCGCCUCACGCAGAGGGUGACUCGCUGGUUGCAGGCGACGCUGCGCAGACGCAGGCCGCGGGCGCGAGCCUCUCAGGUCCUGAAGCAAGCCUGGAGGACGGUGACGCCAGAGUCCAGGGAAGCGGCGCCUGGCGGCCAGGCGAGGCGAGCCUGCCGGUGGCGUAUCCGCAGGACGGAGGCGGAGAACGGGGCGAGGCGGACGGGCACCCUGGUGCCUGGAACCCCCGACAGGCCCGCGAGCUCGGCACGGCUGUCGAAGAUGCAACGGGGGCGCUCGCGAAGCCGCAGAGGAGGCACGAAGCGGAGGCGCAGCUCGCACAGACGGCGGCGGAGAGCCGCGGGCCUGAGGGCGCUGCAGAAAGCGGAGUGUCUCAGGAGCCAGCAGGGCGGUUGGGGUUCCGGGGGCGGCUGAGUCGCUUCUUUUGGUCAAGCAGCAGAGCUGGGCAGGAGGAUAGCGAAGUGCGCGCGGCGCCAUCUGCGGUGCCAGACCCGCGAGAGAAGCUCGGGACCGCGGCCGCCGGCGCGCAAGGCUCUCAGGACGCGUUUACAGAGUUCAGCAGCCGCACCGAGCAAGAGGACCGCGUGGGGAGAGACCUGCUGAUGGGUGGAGACCCCGGGAGGCCGGCGCACUUCGGCUACUGUGGACCCUUGGGCGAGUCUCCCUCGCCCUCCGGAGUCGCGUUCCAGGCAGGAAGCGAGGAAGGCAGAGGAGACCAUUCUGAGCGACGGGAUCUCUCGGAAAGACCGGCCGACGCGCUCGAGUGGGAGGUGGAGACCUCUCAGGCUCUCUCGCGAGCUGGCGUUCAGGCGCCCGCGCUGUCUUCGCUUCCGCUCACUGCCGGUGAGGCGAGUGUCUCCACAGCCCGCGAAGCCGCAUCGGCACUUCUCGCGGGGACGCCGCAGCCUGUGGAGGGCGGCAGAGCCUCUCAGGUCGAGCCUGGUAGCGCGGCCGCGGGACCAACGGGGGGGGCGGAGAGGGAGAGGGAGGAGCUGAGAGAGGCCGGCGGCCCUCCCGUCGAGGAGGUGCAGCAGGGGGUCGCAUCAGAAGGGGCGGUUGGGCAGGAGGGAGACGCGGAGCCUCAAGCGGCGGCAGGAGUGAUGAUGAGCUUCGAAGAGUACGUGGCAAUGCUCCAGGCAGUAGACGAGAGUCAGUUAACGCUGCAGCAGCUAGAAGAAUGGAGAGCGUACAGGGCCCAGUGCGAAGCAUUCUUCGCCUAUCAGCGGCAAUAUGCGCAGUGGCAGGAGCGAUAG